AUGACUACACCAGCGUGGUGCGACCAGGACUUCACCGUCGGGAUCAGGGGCACCUAUCGCCUCAACAGCGAUGGCACUGUCAUUCGCGAUUGUGAGCCGUCGAGCGAUGAAGACAUGCGCCUGAACGAUGAUGGCACCGGCCUCGAAGAGAGCCCUGUGAAGACGACCAGCAUUCGCUACGAAGGCACAUGGGAAGCACUCGAAGAAGGGAAGGUAAGUGUGAAUUUGCGAACAAAGAUCCGGACCACCUCAGACGGCAAGACAGUGUCAGAGGGCACCAACAUGUUUGAAACCUUGCAAUGGCGAGGGGAUGCGUUUGACGAGUGA